GUCAAGUAUCAGCAGUGAUGCGCUGAAGAUCGAAAAUGAGUAAACAAAUAUAAAUAAUGAAUUAUUGUUUGUAUCGUCUGCUGAUUUGGAGUGUGCGAGUUGUUUCCGACCAAUACUGCCUCUAAUGUUUAUCUGACACCAUGUCCAAGGAAGUAACCGACUCUACAGUCCCUUCGCUCACUCAGUACUUUGGUGCUUCUGAAGAUAAAAAGGAUGAGGCUGCUCUUCCUCUGGGUCUUGCUGAGGCAACUGCCAAAGUAGGAUCAUUGCAACUCGAAGACAAUCACCACACUACUAAGAACGAGCCAGAAGUGUGCCGUAUAUUCUCUGAAAAUGCAGCGCAACCUAAAGACCCUACUGCAACGUUUUUCGAUUUAAUUGGAGGCAACCAGAGUACAGACAGCAACGGUAUCAUAUCUGACUUAGGUCUGCCGACAACUAAUGAAGAUGUAUAUGCUGCCAGAGUUGCAGUAGGGACAGAGGCUGAUAGGCGAAGAGAUGCUUGGAUACCAAAUGAGAAAACAAGGCAGUGCCUGAUUCAGUGUGCUACUGCAGCACCUGGGACUUACUUUCCUGACAAAGAGCUGCUCACUAUGCCUGGAGUUUUGCUAGAGGAAGAGCUGGGUGAUGCGAUAGGGGAAGCAGUAUCUAUGUGUCUAGGAGAGGCAGAGGCAGCACAAAGAAGAGCUUUAACAGCAACUGAUGUUACUCAGGACGAAAGAGGACUGAGAGAGUUGGUUCAGCAUGGUGCUUAUAGGGCAGCCAUCAAUUUGACAGCUAGGUUAUUAACAAUCUAUGGUCAAGGUAGAGGCAGAGCAGGACAUCCUAGCAAACAUUCACCACAUUCUUUGCAGCUAUGGUUCACUAGAAUAGCACUUCUCAUAAAAACAAAAGCAUUUGGUGUUGCAAGUGCUGAGGCAGAAGCAUUUGGUCAACUGGAAAAACCAGAUAUCUUCUAUCAGUUUUACCCGGAGAUGUACAAAGGACGUGCAGGAUCAAUAGCUUCUUUUUCAUUCCGACUCUUGUUAGCCGAAUUGCCGAUGCAUUGCGGAAAACCAAAAGAGUCGCUCACAAAACUCUUCAACGUCUUGGCUGUCACCAGAAAAAUGCUGGAUAAUUUGAAGAAAGGCUUAUGUGAAGACGGGAAUCCUAUGGAGAUCUCUGAGGCGGAUCGACAAGACUCGAUAAGAUUGUGGACUGGAAGAGAGACUAGAGUUAUGCAUUCAAUAGUAAACUGUGCUCUAGUUUUGAAAGAUUACGAGUUAGCAAUGGACCUAAUGGGGCAGCUUUGUGACAGGGAGGGCGCUCCAAGACACGCACUGCUCUCCGCUUUAGGCCGACUCCACCUGCAACUAGGAGACAUUUCAGGAGCCGAAGUUUGCUUCAACGAGGCAGGUGAGUCCAAAGCUGGUCCCCCAGGUGUAAGAGAAUUGGUGGAUAAAGGAUUACUUGCCAUUGCACAAAGUGCAUUUGAUGAAGCUUAUGUAGCUUUCCAACAAGCCAGUCAACUUGAGCCAUCUAACAUCAUGAUUCUGAACAACAUGGGAGUCUGCCUUUUAUAUGGCGGCCACCUGAAAGAAGCUAUAGCUGUUCUGGAAUCUGCCAUCUCAUCAAAUCCUGUCCACGCUCUACAGGAGUCCCUCCUUCUCAAUUUAUGCACCCUGUACGACAUGGAGUCAUCCAAAGGUAGGAUGAAAAAAUUUGCUCUCCUCAGACAGAUCUCACGGUAUCAAGCCGACGCACCGACAACGAUUUUAGAAAAGUUAUACGGCUGAGUUGUAUUAUCUUCUAUGUUUGGAUAUUUGUUGUUCAACACCAAAGUUGUUUUCACUUGUUGUGAUCAGUUGUUUAUGGUGUACAUCACAACGUAUGGUUUUAUGUGGCAAACUGUUUUUUCACCGUGGUGGUCGAGCGAGGUUUUAAAAAACGGUCAGAAAUGAAGGAAUUUGCCCAUUAUAUCGAAUCUUACUGGAAUCGAAUCAUAGAGGAGACAGCAGGACCGUCUAUACUAUCUCACUUUGCGCGUGAGACAGAGAAAGCUCCGUUACUUACGCAGAAUAGGGGAUAGAUUAUUCCAUAACGUUGUAUUUUCUUUAUUAGUGUUGCCGGAAUUUGUAAAGCUGGAUAAGCCUAAUUAGUUAUAUAAACAUAUUGGUUAAAAUAUAACAGAAAUACGAAUUAGACAGUGUUUUAAAUAAAUUGUCGUUAGUUUUGUUAUAUAUGCAAUGUGGCAAGGAAGACUUUUAUUGUAGGUCUGUUGGUUUUGUGGUCACUUGCCCUUUUGUGGUUCUACUUGCUCGUAUCUUGUCUGGUUUGGACACAAAUAUUCUCGAAACCUUUCUAUGAAAAAAAUUAACAAGGUUUUGAAAUUUUGUGGUUAGCUCCAGGUCAAAAUCGAAAAAAGCAACCUGUCAUCACUGUCAGUACUAUCUAAUGACCACGGUCUUGUUCAGUGGUCAUAAAAACUCUUUUCUGUCAGCUUUCGUGCUUUACUGUCGCUGUCAGAAAUGCUAUUCCUUAUUUUUGUUGCAAUAAGAACUCUGUAAUAUCACCAUGCAGAGAAAUUGAUUUUAUUUUUUAAAUGAAUGAAUUGAAUCGGCUCAUAAAUGAGUAUAGGUUCCGUUUAUUCCUUUCAUUUUAAGAAUAGUCAAUGGCGUGCGACAAUGUUUCAUCUUUGAAAACCUCCAAAAUGGACCCAAAAAUCGGCCUCUUAAAUAUUGACAUUCAAUUAGAAAACAUCAUGUAUAAAAGUGGUCCUUUUGGCUUUUAUGUCCACAGGUUGUACUGAAAUGGAACGACUGGGUACUACUAUUUACUACUUACGAUCUCAGUAUGAUAUAGUGGGCAACGACCUCAAUGCUAUGCCUAUGUUGCUGUUCUUGAGCACGUGAUUGAUUGCAACUCCUUGCAUAUCGGUCAGACACAAGACGUAAAUUGUAUUGACAUGAUUUAUUCGUACGCAACUGUUUGGCGAUACGCCAUUUUAUAAGUGUAUUAUUGUCAAUAUUAUAGUCUUGACUAUACUACUUAAUUAAAAUCUGGUUUCUGCAUGUAUUGACGUGUUGUCACUGGUUGUUGCCGUUGCACCGGAUGGUAUUUAAUUAUUCUGCACUGACUUACUUAAUUGAGAUAAAUGCUCAACAAUAUGGGUUGUUCUUUACUUUGACAACACUUAGUCAUUGAUAGAUUCAACAGCUAUCGAAUGUAUAGUUAUGAAAAAAGUUGUAGUGUUUCCUCUACUUAUUUCCUACUUCAGAACCAAUAGAUAGAUGUCUUCAUCUAAAGAAAUCUAGUACUACUUGGGUCAUUUGCCUUUGCACCUCCCUUUCCCCAGAACCCCACGGCCUAAUGCGUCUCUCCUUAUAUAAUACAGUAUACUAUUCCUUUUGUAAAAUGCAAGCUCCCCUGAACGACCGCUAAUAUGUCUUUGUCGCCCCCUCCCCUCCGCUUUUCAAUUUUCAGAAUGGCAAUCGCCGAUGCCCCCAGAACUUUUUUCUGUAUAUUUUCUCUACUGUAUUCUUCCACUCGAUCACCGUAGAAUCAUAGAUUGAAAAAGCCAUAUGCACAAAUUGUUGAUCUUUAUCCUGUCCCAGAGUUGUUAUAGAAUUGUAGCAUUCAGGAUAUCUGAAUACGAGUUUCUUUAAAUUGGAAAAAACUAGGACAUCAAACAAAUAGUUUUUCCGCACAUUGUUCAAGGGCAUACGUAAAAAUAGUAUAAUGUCCCAUAUUUUUAGAUUAGAUAUUGUAGAAAUAUUUGCAAGAAUUCAAAAUAUUCUACUUUUAUGAGUAAAUAUUAUAGCUUGAGGGGCAAACACUCCGUUAUUCUAUGAUUGAAUCUUUAAACAAGUUUUUUGUACCUAGAGUAAAAAAAUAUAUUUUGCUGUAUUACCUAGAAAAUACUUCCACCAUACAUAAUGAGUUUAUAGUGUGGGAUCGUUAUUACGCUCUCUAUCAACAAAGGUUAAUUACAAAAAUUGUUUCUUACUUGGAACAUAUUUUUAUCAGGAUGAUCCGAUGUAUGUUGUGACCUAAAUAUCCAUUGUUUAAAUGGAAAGGACUACAUUUUAUUGCAGAUUUAGAUAGGCCCUUCCAGCCGAAGCAAUUUGAUUUAACAUACUAUUUUCAUUUUGUUAAGAUGUUGAAUAAACAAUCGAAAAAACACUUAAAUUUCACAACAUGCACCUCAGCAACUAUAUAGCUACAGCAAUGAAUUUUUCGUCUGAGAAAUGUCAUGUUCCCAUAUUUUGUUCUUAUCUACUUAACUUUUUUAGUUUUUCUGGGCGGUUUAUACAGAGUGGUCAAGAGCAAUUAAGAUUUCUCAAAAACGUUAAAUUGAAAGGAAAAAAGCUUGUUCAAAGGCGAAUCAGAAAAUGUGAAAAUAUAACAGGGUGUUCCAUAUUGAAAAUAUUGAGAAACACUUCAUUUUGCCUUCUUGAUCACCCUGUAUAAAUUAUACAAGAAACUGGCAAAAUAAGUAGAUAGAGACAAAAUAUGGGAGAAUGCAAUAUUUGCGAAGGUACGAGUUAUCAAGAUUGAGUGUUUUUUUUUUCAACAAUAUGAAAAUAAGACCCUGUGGUAUUGUAUCAAAUUACUUCCUUUGUGAAGGCAUAUCCAAACCUGCAAUGAAAUCUAGGGUUUUCCAUUUAAAAAAUUUAUGUUUGGGUCACCACGAUGUUAUGAAUCACCCCGUAGAAGUAAAAAAGAAUUCAUCAAGAGCAUACUGUUGGCUACAAUUUUUGUAACUUAUUUAGAUACCAUGCCUAAUAACGGAGAGUCAUCGACCCAGCCCACACUUGAAACUCGCCUUGUAUAUGGUUGCAAGUAGUAUGUCAAAUUUGAUGUACUUUUACUAGAUAUCUUAAAUCUCUUGUUUGUUGUUCAAUAAAAUAUAGAAUUUCUGAAUGUUUGUCACCUUGUUUGAAGCUUUAAACAAGAGAGUUUAAGAAAACAGGCCUUUGUCGUGGUAUUCAUUUAACUAUGAAUAAAAUACAAUAAUUUUGGUGGACCAGUUUACAGCUGACAUUGUUUAUAUCCUAAAGAAAAGGGAAAUAUUGUCAAUUACAUAUAUUAUUUUAAGUGCAAUACUAUUUUUACAGAAAUCUAAUUUCGAAAAAUAUUCGUGGUCGGCUGUUUUAGCAACGAAUAGUAUUAUAUUCUGCCACAAAAAGAUGUAAAAUUUAGUUAGGUGUCAGACUAAAACAUAGGGUGCAUGGUCAUACUAUUUCAUUUUACAAAAUACUCGUACAAUUAUGAUGAAAAAAUAUAAUUUAUUGAAAUACUAAAUAACACUCCAGAUCUUUUAAAAUGUUCAAAAUCGUUAUUUUACGUAUUUAGGAUAGUUUUUACAUCUUGAGAUUUCAAUUAAAAUCUAUAUUUAAUCUUAGACCUAUUUUAGGAAAACUAUUAGUUGCUUAUAUUUUAUGUAUUAACUAUGGAAUAGUGUGAACAUGCAUAUCCGAUUUUAUAUUCUUCACUAAUGUGUAAGAUUUGGCGUUAUUAAUUUCACUACUUAAUUGAUAAUGAUUAUUUGUUAAACUAAAUUGAUGUUUCCGCAAGAUAACGAUUGUGCUUUUCUGUGUGAUUUUUGUUUUAUCAUAUAUCGUUUAUAAUGGCUGAGUUUUUAAUUGUUAAAUGACACAUUUCAAUAAAACAAUGAUGAAU